AUGAGUACUCAAGACUAUGAAUACCCACUUCGAUCCACACUUCAAGUAGUAGACAAACCAGCAGUUGCAGAUAUCGUAGAAUUCUCAGCAUCCAACCACAGGUGGCGUAACCGCUUUCGUCCAAUAUAUCUAGAGUCUUCAAUCGAUAGUGUACCUGACGUAACACACAGACCAACUGUCUUGGCACUAGCACAAAUGACUAAUAAUGCCUAUCUGGAUAUCAACCUGAACGAGACAGACUGGUAUGACCUAGGCCCAACCUGGCGAGUAAAUAACUCGUUUGGCUGGGAAUCAGAUGGCAUUCGGGGACAUAUUUUUGGAAAUGAAGACAAUUCCUUAAUCGUCAUUAGUAUCAAAGGCACAAGUGCCGGUCUAUGGACAGGAGGACCUACAGGAGAGAGGGAUAAAUUGAAUGAUAACGCCUUGUUUUCAUGUUGUUGCGCGAGAAUAAGCAGAGCCUGGACGCCUGUUUGUGAUUGCUACAAGAAUAACGAGUAUGUUUGCGAAAACAGCUGCCUUCAAAAGAAGAUAUCCGAUUCAGAGCUUUAUUAUGAUAAUGCACUCGCUCUUUAUUCCGAGGUUGCUAAUACAUACCCGAACAGUACCAUCUGGAUUACUGGACAUUCGCUUGGUGGAGCAUUAUCUAGUCUGGUUGGUCAAACCUAUGGAGUGCCCACAGUCACGUUUGAAGCGCCAGGAGAUCGAUUGGCGUCUAGCAGGCUACAUUUACCCCAAGGACGAGGAGUGAAAUUACCUAUAUGGCAUUUUGGUCAUACGGCUGAUCCUAUCUUUGUGGGCGUCUGCACUGGACCAUCAAGUAGUUGUUGGUAUGGAGGAUAUGCUAUGGAAUCAAGAUGUCAUACAUCAAAGGUAUGUGUAUGGGAUACGGUUAAAGACAAUGGAUGGCGAGUGGACAUCCGAUCCCAUAGAAUAAAGGACAUGAUUGAAGCGAUUCUACUGAAGCCUGAUGAAUUUCCCAUGCCAGAAUGUGUUGAAGAACAGGACUGUGAAGAUUGUGGUCUGUGGCAGUAUUAUGACGAACGGGACGGACCUUUUCCUACUACUACUACUACUACUUCCACCGCAAGUAGAGUGACAAGUACGUCUACGACAGCUACGAGCUCUGAACCGCUUGGCGAUCCUUGGAAAACAUUCAAUGAUAUUAAUACUGAUUGA